CUUAGAAAUUAUUGUAUUGUGUUCUACCUAAAUAGUAGCAUUAUUUGUUUCUUACCGAACACUUGAAAAUGGAAGAUUACAAAGAAGACAAAAUGGAAUCCUGGUUAGUCGAUGUUAAGAGAGUCCACAUCCCCCGACCAAAAUUCGGCAGCGGCUCCCGCUGUGGCUACAGUUACCCCACAGAACCUCCAAAAGACUACAUCAACGAAGACGCCAGAGACGACUUCAAAUACAAAGGUUCACCGGCGAAUAUGAACAAAGCCACCGAAGACAUCAGAAGGGCGCUGCAGAAAUUGUAAUGAAUACACGAUGGUUAAUAUUUUCCGUAUUGCCAUCAACCCCGAAUUGUACAUAUCUGCCUUCUAUUCCUAGUAACUAGUAAUAGAGAUUAUUUGUUUUUAAGAUAGAAUAAACGUUAUCAAAAACGUUCUGUACAAUUACAUGUACAUAUGUGAAAUUAUUAUAGUAAUUUCAGAGUUUGUGGACUGUAUUCGAGGGCGUGGUCCAAAAAAAUUGGGAGAGGUAAUUAAAUGUUAUACAGAAAAUAGCAUAUCAUGUUCAUAAAAAAGGCUUAACCAUAUAGCAGUUAUUUCACUCGAAAUACUCAGAUAAAUAGGUUUCUCGCUCUAAACUCAGGAGAACAACACUUAUGUUCCCUUCGGAGACCAAAGAGAGGGAGUUUUUCGUUUACAGUGUCUAAGAAAACGUCUGUAUUUCUAACGAAGUGGGGCAGGAUGGGGAGUACUAGGAAUUAUUAUUCAGAGUUGGUCUAAGUAAUUAUUUAAAACUGAGUGUGAAACUUAUCGAAAUGAUACAGGGAAAAAUAUAAUAUUAUUUUUCACAUGUGAAAAAUUAAAAAAAAACACUUUUUGAGCUAUUUUAACAGCAACCGUCUAUUUAACCCCUAUAAUAAUGACUACAAAAGCGUAUAAACAUAUAAAAAUGAUAAAAAACAGUGGCCCAAAAGACCAGAUACCGUUUAGUUCAUCUUAAAAACAGAUACCGUUUAUAGAUUUAGUUUUUUUCUGCUAAAUAGAUACUAAGACUUAACUUGGUGGUGUAGCUAAAAAGGAUUUUACAGUAUUUCCAGUUUUGUUUUAAAACUUUUUAUUAUUCGAAUAUUUUCCUUUUGAAAAUACGCCACUGGAUUAUUUUAUAUAUUUUUUAAUCUAUUCAAUAUAUGAAUAAGUAUAUUUACUUAUUUAAUUUAUUACAGUUUUUAAUAAAAUACGUAAAGAACAUUUUAACGUAACACAGAUGAACCAUCCUUUAUAUGUAUGAAAAAAAUCAGUAGAAAUAUUGUAAUGAAUAUUUUAAAAUAUGUAUAUAAACGAACCAAUAUUGUAAAACUUACCAGAUUUUGAGUUAAAAAAAUAUGAAUUUCGAAUUAAAAAUUAUUUAUAUAGGUA